AGCCAGCAUUGGAUCUCUAGCGCUCGCAGUGGUGCUCACUCAUGAACCGCACCGCAGUGAGACAUUUUACCUUUUGCUGUAGCCUUUUCCACAAUGGAGAACAAGUGCAUUUUCCAUGGAAACAUGCGUGUUUGACACUUUUACUAACUUUUGUGUAUCUUCAGUUGGACCCCUUUACAUUGAGAGAAAUAUGCCGGAGCGUAUCAACAUUUCGGAGUUUGUUGCUCUGACAAACGAGGACUUGGCUUCACCGGCUACCUCGAGUUUUCAGUCCAAAAUGAGUGAAUGUCGGAACACCGUUUCGGCAGUCGAAGAGUCCUUAGAGAUGGACCAGAGCACCUUACAGAGGAUGAAGAAGAUGAUCAAGGCCAUCCACAGCUCUGGACUAAGUCAUGCGGAGAACAAGGAGCAGUACAUCGAGGUGCUGGAGAACCUGGGGAACAGUCACCUGACCCAGGACAACAACGAGGUGUCCACAGGAUUCCUCAACAUGGCCGUCUUCACCAGGGAGGUCACCUCUCUCUUCAAGAACCUGGUCCAGAAUCUGAACAAUAUAAUCUCCUUUCCCUUGGAGAAUGUCUUGAAGAGUGAGCUUAGAGACAGCAGACUGGAGUUGAAGAAACAGUUGGAGAAGAGCUGGAAGGAUUAUGACAUCAAAGUUGGGAAGCUGGAGAAGGAGAGGAGGGAGAAGAGCCGUCAGCCGGGCCUGAUCAGGAUGGAGGGAUACGACGUGACGGAGGACAUGGAGCGAGAGAGGAGGACCUUCCAGCUGCAGAUGUGUGAGUAUCUACUGAAGAUCCAGGAGCUGAGGGUACGUCAGGGUCCAGACCUGCUCCAGAGUCUCAUCAAGUACUUCCAGGCCCAGCUCAAUUUUUUCCAGGACGGCUUGAAAGCUGCCGAGAACCUUAGUCCCUUUGUGGAGAAGCUGGCUACAUCGGUGCACAUGGUGCGUCAGGACCAGGAAGAAGAGGUGAGACAGCUCUCUCAGCUACGAGACUCCCUAAGACUGCUGCUACAGAUGGAGGGGAAAGAGGAGUACCAGACCAGAAAGAACUCUGGUAAUGGCUACAGCAUCCACCAGCCUCAAGGCAACAAGAAGUACGGUACGGAGAAGUCAGGCUUCCUACAGAAGAGGAGUGAUGGGAUUAGGAAGGUUUGGCAGAAGAGGAAGUGUGGUGUCAAGUACGGCUGUCUGACCAUCUCCCACAGCACGAUCAACCGACCACCUGCGAAGCUCAACCUCCUGACCUGUCAGGUGCGCCCCAACCCUGAUGAGAGGAGGACCUUUGACCUGGUCACACAUAAUCGGACGUACCAUUUCCAAGCCGAGGACGAGCAGGAAUGCAUGAUUUGGGUGUCGGUGCUGCAGAACAGUAAGGAGGAAGCCCUGAACACAGUGUUGGGAGGGGACCAGCCGCAGUUCCAGGACUCCGGGCUGCAGGAGCUGGCCAGGGCAGUCAUCACCGAGCUUAGACACAUGUCCGGCAACGAGGCCUGCGCCGACUGUGGAGCCCACGACCCCACGUGGCUGUCCACUAACCUGGGCAUCCUGACGUGUAUAGAGUGUUCUGGGAUCCACAGGGAGUUGGGAGUCCACUACUCCAGGAUCCAGUCCCUCACGCUGGACAUGCUCAGCACCUCCGAACUACUACUGGCAGUCAGUAUAGGCAACACCCGCUUCAAUGACAUCAUGGAGGCCAAUCUUCCCAAUGAUUCCAUCAAACCCCUCCCCCAGAGUGACAUGAAUGCCAGGAAGGAGUAUAUCGUGGCCAAGUACGUGGAACGGCGCUACGUGCUGCACCGGGACCGGGACCGGGACCGGGAGGAGGGUGAGCCGUGGCGUGUGUACGACGCCGUGAGGAGCCGGGACCUGACCGCUCUGCUGCAGCUGUACGCCCAGGGAGAGGACCUGGCCAAGCCGCUAGCACUUCCUGAGGGACAGCAUCUGAGAGAAACAGCUCUUCACUUGGCUGUGAGACUGGAGGAGAGGAGCUCUCUAUCCCUGGUGGACUUCCUCAUACAGAACAGUGUCUGUCUGGAGAAGAGGACUCUAGAGGGGAACACUGCUCUACAUUACAGCGCUCAGCACCACAAAACAGAGUGCCUCAAACUGCUGCUCAAAGGAAAGGCUGUCCUCCACACAGUGAACUCAUCCGGAGAGACGGCUCUGGACAUCGCCAGGAGACUGCAGCACUCCCAGUGUGUGGAACUGCUAGAGCUGGCACAGAGUGGGAAGUUCAACAGUCAGAUCCAUGUGGAGUACGUGUGGGAGACACAGAGCCAGGACCUGUAUGACAGCGAAGAUGACCUGGAUGAGAGGGUGAACCCCUUACACAGGAACCUACGCUCCCCUCUGCCCUCCAAAGCCUCGCCCUCCCGCUGGAGCUUCGCCAACGCCCCCGUGGCGUGUAAGACCUACGAAAACGUGGACUUCCUUUACCGUAACCCCCCCAAUAGUGCUCCAUCUGGCGUCCUCAUGCCCCCGCCCCCUCUGCCCGCUAAAGCCAUCAUGAGAGGUCGCUCGGACCCCCAGAUCUCCUUGUCCACCCAGGAGGGGUUAAGCAACAGGUGCAGCUGCUCCAACCCAGCCCCCCAGUCCAGCCCCCCCUCCCCCAUGCUGGAGGGUCAGGGGGGGCGACCACCCAAAUCACCCCACGGCCAGGGCAUCCUGGUGAGGGGACAGAGACAGACCGCAGCCUGGGAGGGUCAGGCCAAUACUGGGUCAGGGUCCUCAGACAGAGACAGCACCAAGUCUAACAGUAGUUCCAGUUCCCCUCAGAACCACAUAGGACCUGUCAGCUCAGAGAAAACAACAUCGUACCGGCGGACCAGCAGCGGAGGACAAGGGAAGUGUUCUGUAGCCAUGACCUCAGCCGUGACCUCAGCUGUGACCUCACCCAUCUGUGUGGCACUGGGCAGCCAGGAGGAGCUGUACUGCAGCGUGGUACCUACUGGUCCCGCCCCCGGCGCCACACCUGCAGCCUCCUCCUCCUCCUCUCCUAUCACUGUGCGCCCUCGCAGAAACGCUAUGGUGUCUCAGAGGAGGCCUACCCAGAAGAGGGUCAAGGCGCUGGUGGACUGCAGAGCCGUCAGCUCGGACCAGCUGGCCUUUUUCAAGGAUGAGGUCAUCGUGGUCACAGCCACCGAGGACCCCCACUGGUGGGUCGGCCACAUCGAGGGCUAUCCAUCCAGAAGUGGGACAUUCCCUGUGAACUAUGUCCAUAAACUAGGGGACUGACUAGUCAUACACAGGAUGCCCUAGCCCCUACCCUAGCCUAGCCCCUAGCCUAGCCUCUACCUUAGUCUAGCCUAGCCCCUACCCUAGCCCCUAGCGCCUAGCCUAGCCCCUACCCUCUAGCCUAGCCUAGCCCCUACCCUCUAGCCUAGCCUAGCCCCUACCCUAGUCUAGCCUAGCCCCUAGCCUAGCCCCUAGCCUAGCCCCUACCCUCUACCCUAGCCUCUACCCUAGCCUAGCCCCUACCCUCUAGCCUAGCCUAGCCCCUACCCUAGUCUAGCCUAGCCCCUAACCUAGCCCCUAGCCUAGCCCCUACCCUAGCCUAGCCCCUACCCUAGCCUAGCCCCUACCCUAGCCCCUAGCCCCUACCCUAGCCUCUACCCUAGCCUAGCCCCUAGCCUCUACCCUAGCCCCUACCCUCUACCCUAGCCUCUACCCUAGCCUCUACCCUAGCCUAGCCCCUACCCUAGCCUAGCCUCUACCCUAGCCCCUACCCUAGCCCUACCCUAGCCCCUACCCUAGCCUCUACCCUAGCCCCUACCCUACCCUAGCCCCUACCCUAGCCCCUACCCUAGCCCCUACCUUAGCCUCUACCCUAGCCUAGCCCCUACCCUAGCCCCUACCCUACCCUAGCCUAGCCCCUACCCUAGCCUAGCCCCUACCCUUACUACGUCUCUUACCUGGGACACAAAAAGGCUGGAAUGGACUCUCUUGAACGCAACUCAUUCAAAGACAACAAAAAAAUGCUUGCUUUCCUGGUAAUUUCUUGUGAUAGAAUAUUCUGAACCACUUUGAUGUGUUGUGAUCUGACGACUAGAGACUCCCAUAAACUGUAAUUGUAUAUACAGACAGUGCACUUAAGGAAGUCGCCAUAAAGAAAGAAGGGAUGAAAGAGAUCAUAUUACAUGAAGGAAUGCCAUCCUCACAACCCGACAGAAGAGAGCGACAGAAAACGCCUCCCUCGGCAAUUUGACCUCUAAUACCUGUAUGUUUUACAACUGUAAAGGGAUGUUUUUACCACACCUUACCGCCCAGGGUAUUAAAGGGAUGUUUUUACCACACCUUACCGCCCAGGGUAUUAAAGGGAUGUUUUUACCACACCUUACCGCCCAGGGUAUUAAAGGGAUGUUUUUACCACACCUUACCGCCCAGGGUAUUAAAGGGAUGUUUUUACCACACCUUACCGCCCAGGGUAUUAAAGGGAUGUUUUUACCACACCUUACCGCCCAGAGUAUUAAAGGGAUGUUUUUACCACACCUUACCGCCCAGGGUAUUAAAGGGAUGUUUUUACCACACCUUAUCGCCCAGGGUAUUAAAGGGAUGUUUUUACCACACCUUACCGCCCAGGGUAUUAAAGGGAUGUUUUUACCACACCUUACCGCCCAGGGUAUUAAAGGGAUGUUUUUACCACACCUUACCGCCCAGGGUAUUAAAGGGAUGUUUUUACCACACUUUGCUGCCCAGGGAAAAUUAUAAGAGCAACAGCUGGAAUACCUGUGAUACAGACAGCAGUACUGGUGGAGCUAGAAUGUAUGUGCGUGCCUGCCUGCGCGUGUGUCUGAGAUUAUAACCAUACCAUUGGAUUACCUGGCAAUGACAUACAUACAACACUGGAGUCUGGAGGAGUGAGAUCGUGUGUUGUGGGAGCCCUAGAAAAGAGGAUGAAUAGCCGGCGUUGUCCACUGCCUUCCUGGAAACUAAGGAGACUUAAGAGAUUCAUGCCAUGUCAGUCACGGUCGUCGGGACUCUGAGCCAGAUGUAAUGAAUACCUGCUCAGUGACCGGUGGCGAUGAUGUCUGGGGCUGGAACGACCUGGAACUGAAAGCGCAUUUGUGGCUGCCAGCCUGUCUCCUGGGGCUCCAGGGUUCUCUGGCUGCCGCUCUGAAACGGAACCCCAGUGUCUAAGCUGGUUGUGGGCCAGACUCCAGCUCUGACUGGGGGGGCCUGGCUGGAGCCUGGGACAUUUGGUUUUCUCCGUCUCCAAAGGAGUCUGUCUUCCUACAGUCGGCAGGGGAAAGGAAGUGACUGUCACCGCAGUGAAAUACACAAAGCUGGCUUGUAUUCAGUAGGCAGCAAAUGGACUGAAACAGGAAAAGACUACCUGAACUUGUUCAAUAAGAAAUGAUAAUUUUUCGUUUUAGUUUGCCCUAAUGAACAUGACCCAAGCCUAGUGCUUUUUUCCAUACAGUAGCUCUCGGUUCUGGGUCUAUACUCGGCCUCAUACAAAAGGCAUGGACAGUUGGACACUUCCACAUUGUAAAGAAAAGAGAAGGUUGUAGAGAAUUGUAAAUAGAUAUUAUUACACCCAUGAACUGUGAUGGAAGGAUUCCAUAUCGCUAACCAUAAGCUAGUAUUGAGACAUUAGCUGUUUUCCUAGUCUCUUGAGCACCAUAACUUUACAGUGUUAUUACUCACAUCUGACCACAUCCAUUCAUAUUAAUUCAUAUUUUUCAUGUUCUGAAUCUGCAGUAAAGGCAUAUUAAUACAUUGCAUUUCGUGUUACUGCAUUCUAUUAAUAUUCUAGAACUAUAUUCUAGUGUUACUUAAUGCACCAGGAUUCUGGCGGAAUACUGUCUCCUAAUAUGGUUUCAAAGUGCUUUAAAUGCCACUAAUAGCGAUUGAGAGAAAGUGUAACUCAGUAUUGGAUCUCAGGCUGUUAAGCAUCUUAUACAACUGGUUUAUCUGUCCACAAGUGAAGCUACGCCUGCAGUGGGUGUGGAGGGCUCUCUACAGUAGGGCAGACAACAAUAAAAAACCUUUUAGAGGAUAAGUAUCGGUUGCUUUUCAGCCAUGUAGGUGUUUUCCCGCCUGUUUGCAUUCCUGUAGUUACUGUAGACAGGGGUUAUUGAGGGUUUGUUUAGCUUUCUCUAGAUCCAGUCACUGUUGCCAAUACAUAGACAAGUAAGUAGAGAAGUGCAUGAUUGCCAAUGGAACCAGGGACAGACUGAAAAGUGAGGGCAGUCUAUUGAGUAUAUGUUGUGCUCUGUUCUACAAAGGUAAAAAAACAACACAAACAACCAGCUGUUGCAUGUUGGAACCGUUAAUAUCACCCAGUGUUGAAGAAUGACUGAGUAUCAGAAUGAAUGCAUUGUUAGGGUUCACAUAAUGUCAUGUUAAUGCUACUUGUGAACAUCACUUCGGUUCUGUAUACUCUUAUGUGUCAGUAGGGCAAUAUGGCAUGGGGGCUGGACUAGCGGGGCCCCAAAGGGCCCAGUCAGUAUGGACUAGCAGAGCCCAGUCAGUAUGGACUAGAGGAGCCCCAAAUGGCCCAGUCAGUAUGGACUAGCAGGGCCCAGUCAGUAUGGAUUAGCAGGGCCCAGUCAGUAUGGACUAGCAGAGCCUCAAAUAGCCCAGUCAGUAUGGACUAGCAGGGCCCAGUCAGUAUGGACUAGCAGAGCCUCAAAUAGCCCAGUCAGUAUGGACUAGCAGGGCCCAGUCAGUAUGGACUAGCAGGGCCCAGUCAGUAUGGAUUAGCAGGGCCCAGUCAGUAUAGACUAGCAGGGCCCAGUCAGUAUAGGCUAGCAGGGCCCAGUCAGUAUAGACUAGCAGGGCCCAGUCAGUAUGGACUAGCAGGGCCCAGUCAGUAUAGACUAGCAGGGCCCAGUCAGUAUGGACUAGCAGAGCCCCAAAGUGCCCAGUCAGUAUGGACUAGCGGAGCCCCAAAUAGACCAGUCAGUAUAGACUAGCAGGGCCCAGUCAGUAUGGACUAGCAGGGCCCAGUCAGUAUGGACUAGCAGGGCCCAGUCAGUAUGGACUAGCAGGGCCCAGUCAGUAUGGACUAGCAGAGCCCCAAAGUGCCCAAUCAGUAUGGACUAGCGGAGCCCCAAAUAGACCAGUCAGUAUGGACUAGCAGAGCCCCAAAGUGCCCAGUCAGUAUGGACUAGCAGGGCCCAGUCAGUAUGGACUAGCGGAGCCCCAAAGUGCCCAGUCAGUAUGGACUAGCGGAGCCCCAAAGUGCCCAGUCAGUAUGGACUAGCAGGGCCCAGUCAGUAUGGACUAGCGGAGCCCCAAAGUGCCCAGUCAGUAUGGACUAGCGGAGCCCCAAAGUGCCCAGUCAGUAUAGACUAGCGGAGCCCCAAAGUGCCCAGUCAGUAUAGACUAGCAGGGCCCUAAAGCGCCCAGUCAAGACAGUACACUCUACUGGAUUGGCCCAGUGCUCUGAGGUAGGAUCCCUUUCAAUAAUUGAGUGUGGAAGGAGCAAUAACCCCCAGUUUCCUACUAAUGACUACAAUAAAACAAACUAAGACAUAGGAAUGAGAGGUGUGCUGGAGCCCCCUGCGGCCCUAUACACUUUACGUUGGACUGUGAGCUUGAAUAGGGCUGUGUCCUACACUUAACUUGGACUAAAAUAGGUUCCGGUACUCAUUUUGGGUUCUGGUACUGUUUAUAUUAAGGUGCAGGUGCUCCACCAAACUGUUUAGCUAAUAUUCUAUGAGAGGAGCAGGAGCUCAAGCAGUAGAACAUUUGAGAUGCCUGUACUCAACAUCGGUGAGCUCCUGCCCAAGUCAAGCGCAGGCUGCGUCCCAAUACUUUUAAAAUCGUUUUCUUCCUGGGUGCUAUCUGAUCAGUGGAUGUGAAGGAAGGAAGCUAUGUGAUACUAUUGGAACACAGCAUAGGAGUUUAUGGAGAGUAAAGUGAAGGCACUUACUGUUGUUCUUCCAUGUCUUUAUCAUUUUUAAACCUUAUAUAGAUAAGUGCCUCUAUGGUUGAGACUUUGUGUCACGUGGUUUCUGUGCUGACAAUGUAAGAUAGAACAUCAGUAUAAUGGAGUAUUUCUGUCAUUUCAUUAUUACCAAGUAUUUGUAAUAUAGUACAUGUGUUUUGCUCUCUGUCCUUUCCAUGUUACGAGAUUAUUAAAUACUGUUUUAACAUC